CUCCAAAGCAACAGUAUUAGAGAUACGGCUCAACGUUGAGUACAGCAGCCAACAUGAAUCUGAGUCCGCAUGAACAAAGCAUGCACAAGCCGAGCGAGGACUGCCCAGAAGUCAGUAAAGCCGACAUCCUACUCCCCUGUUUUCGCAGAAACGCAUACGACGAGUCCCUCGCUUCUUACCACAGCGGCUCCAUCAUAUCUCACCUCCUGCGUAAAACUAUUCACAAUAAACUGACGUCCCUCGACAACAACCUCCUUUACAUGCCGAAUGUUUCUGGCGCCAGCGUGCUGGAUUCUGAAUGCAACAUGGCAGAUUUCGCUCAAGACGAUCAGAGCUGUCUGUCUUUUAAAGAUAGCACAGAUGACCUGUCUUCAGGGAGCCAGCCCUCGAGUACAGAUGUCGAGCGGCCGCUGACCGAACACCUCCAAGCGAAGCGUGCACGGGUGGAGAACAUCAUACGGGGCAUGUCCAGCUCACCCAAUUCCAGGUCACACGGAGAAGAUGAAUGUGAAGCCAUCCGCUGUAGACGGGACAUUCUGAAGGAGAACAAGCGCAAACAGAGACUUCCCCAACACCAGGAACCCAGUCAGUUUAACACGAGAGGCAGCGGCACCAAGACGAGCAAAGACGAAGAGUGUCACAAACUGAAGGAGCAGCUCCAGAGCAUGCAGCGUCUCCUCCAUCAGCUCCAGGAGAAGAUCUCCCAUGUGAAUGACCAGAACUACUGCGUGAACGAGGACAUGGCGGACGGGGAAGAAGAAUGUGACAUCCAAGAAAAAAGUCAGAGCAGCUACAAAGAGAAACUGAAUGUGGACAAUGGCAGUUUUACAUCAGACGGUGAAGUCAGGAACCUCCAGGAGGCUCUAAAAUGUGAGCUGACCAGGACUGUGAAUGACAGCAUUGACAUGGUUUUCAGAAAACUCUCCACGGCCCUCCGAAAGCAACCAACCCACCCUCAGCCGUGCCAGAGUCCCGAGUGCCCCGAGAAAGAAACUCAUCUGGAUUCCCCUCCGGAGCUCUCGGACUCGGACGAAAACACCAGAUCGGCAGAACGCUUCGAGAGCACGCCUGUCAACAGCCCAGAACACCAAACAGAAGCUCUGUCCCUAGUGGUCCGUAAACCUUCCCAGUUCAACUCGGUCGGUCAGGGUGUAAAGAGACCCUACCCGCUCCACCAGUCCCCUUUCCAGUUCGGCUACGGUACUCCGCUUCACGACAGCCAGAUCCUGGAGCACCUUCUGAAAUACGGACCCCAUUCAGCCUUCUCAGCCCUCCCCUGUCUGCCUCCAUCCUUGGAACGGUCAUCGCCGGACUCCAUGGAGCACACCUGGGAAAAUGUGGCCAUGCGAUCAAAGGUAACCUCUGGACAUCUGGUUCAGCACCAUCGCCCCGGACCGCCAGGACUGGUGACUGUAGACGCACUUUGCCUGCCUCAUGUUAAAAUGGAGUGUGGAGAUCUGCAGAGUAUGGCGGAGAGAAGCUCUUUCAUGUCACUCAAUAUUCAGGAGGGUCUGACUCCAAACCACCUGAAGAAAGCCAAACUCAUGUUUUUCUACACACGAUACCCAAGCUCGAACUUACUCAAGAACUUCUUUCCUGAUGUCAAGUUUAACCGUUGCAUCACGUCGCAGCUGAUCAAGUGGUUCAGUAAUUUCCGGGAGUUUUACUACAUCCAAAUGGAGAAGUUUGCACGUCAGGCCGUCAUCGACGGGGUUCGUGAUGUGAAGGACAUAUCCGUCAGCAGAGAGUCCGAGCUCUUCCGUGCCCUCAACAUGCACUACAACAAAGCCAACGACUUCCAGGUUCCAGACAGAUUUCUGGAGGUUGCUGAAAUCACGCUUCAGGAGUUCUACAGCGCCAUCUCUCUGUCCAAAGACUCCGACCCCUCCUGGAAAAAAGCCAUCUACAAGGUCAUCUGCAAACUGGACAGUGACGUUCCUGAGGACUUCAAGUCAUCCUCGUACAUAUAAACUUAUUUGUCUUACAGCGGGGAAAAUAAGUAUUUGACACAUCAGCAUUUUUAUCAGUAAGGGGAUUUCUAAGUGGGCUAUUGACACAAAAUUUCCACCAGAUGUAGCCAUCAAGCCAAAUAUUGAAUUCAUACAAAGAAAUCAGAACAUUUAAGUAUACAAGUUCAGUCAUAAUAAAUAAAGGGAAUAAGUAUUGAACACACUUUAUUUAAUACUUUGUAGAAAAGCCUUUGUUGGUGAUUACAGCUUCUAGACGCCUCUUGAGACCAGUCGUCUGCAUUGCUCAGGAGAGAUUCUGGCCCAUUCUUCCACACAAAUGGUUUUUUAAAUCUUGAAGGUUCCUUGGGCCUCUUUUAUGAACUUUGAUCUUCAGUUCUCUCCAUAGAUUUUCUAUGGGAUUUAGGUCAGGUGAUUUACUGGGCCAUUCAAGCAGCUUGAUUUUCUUUCUUUGAAACAACUUCAUUGUGUCCCUGGCCUUGUGUUUGGGAUCCUUGUCUUGCUGAAAUGUCCACCCUCUUUUCAUUUUCAGCUUUCUGGUAGAUGGCAGCAGAUUUUUAUCCAAAUUUAACCCGGUACAUUUCUCCAUUCAUCCUGCCUUCAAUAAUAUGAAGUCUGCCACUUCCCCUUACUGAUAAAAAUGCUGAUGUGUCAAAUACUUAUUUUCCCCGCUCUAUAUGAUUACUCAUUUCAAAGUGUCUUGAUUGUAAAAGCUUACACGUAUGUAAGGGCUGCACAAUUACAACAAAAAUCAUAAUUGUGAACCGUUCAUUUUAAUGAAUGAAUUUACAUUAAGUGACCAUGUAAAUCUGUUGAAUUAUUGACAUUCAAAAGUGCACACAGUUUUACACACAUUAUAGCAAAUCAUAAAUUAUCACAAAUUACAGGCGAUGAUUAUUUUAGUCUUUGAAAUAUCUUAACAUGUCUUAACGUGAUGUUUCUACAGCAUGUAUUUCCACUCGACAACAACAAAACCCUCGCAAACCAUUGGAAAUCUUAUCCAGCACUAGAAAGCAUCAGUCAUAUUCUUUGUUAUUUAUCUUGUGCAGUUUUAUCACAUGUGAGACCACAAUA